AACAAUUUUUUUUUUCUCUGCAGCAGAACCGCUUUUGGUUCAAACCCUAAUAAUAAUAAUAAACCCUAAUAACCUCCUUCUUUUAUCAUCCUUCAUCUCUCACAGAUCCAAGAAAAAAUGGCGGAUACAGAAAUCAAGGAUAAUGAUGCUUAUGAAGAAGAGCUUCUUGAUUAUGAUGAAGAAGACGAUAAAGCCCCUGAUUCCGUCGGUGUUAAAGUCAACGGCGAAUCCGUUAAGAAGGGCUAUGUAGGAAUUCACAGUUCCGGAUUCAGAGAUUUUCUUUUGAAGCCAGAGUUGCUCCGUGCUAUUGUGGAUUCAGGAUUUGAACAUCCUUCAGAAGUGCAACACGAGUGCAUUCCUCAAGCUAUCUUGGGAAUGGAUGUUAUUUGUCAAGCAAAGUCUGGUAUGGGCAAGACUGCCGUCUUUGUUUUGUCGACGUUGCAGCAAAUUGAGCCUGCGCCUGGUCAAGUUGCUGCCCUUGUUUUAUGUCAUACAAGAGAAUUGGCUUACCAGAUCUGUCAUGAGUUUGAAAGAUUCAGCACCUACUUAACCGACAUCAAAGUUGCGGUCUUCUAUGGUGGUGUCAACAUCAAAGUUCACAAGGAGCUUUUAAAGAAUGAAUGCCCUCAUAUAGUUGUUGGGACGCCGGGAAGGAUUCUUGCACUUGCCAGAGACAAAGAUCUUGCAUUGAAGAGUGUGAGGCAUUUUAUACUCGAUGAGUGUGAUAAGAUGCUCGAGUCACUCGACAUGAGGAGAGAUGUGCAAGAAAUUUUCAAGAUGACUCCUCAUGAUAAACAAGUAAUGAUGUUUUCGGCAACGUUGAGCAAGGAAAUUCGUCCAGUCUGCAAAAAGUUUAUGCAAGAUCCAAUGGAAAUUUAUGUGGAUGACGAAGCCAAGUUGACCCUACAUGGUCUUGUACAGCACUACAUCAAAUUGAGUGAGCUGGAGAAGAAUCGGAAACUAAAUGAUCUGCUUGAUGCACUAGAUUUCAAUCAAGUCGUCAUCUUUGUCAAAAGUGUAAGCAGGGCAGCUGAGCUGAACAAGUUGCUUGUUGAGUGUAAUUUUCCUUCAAUCUGCAUCCACUCUGGCAUGUCUCAGGAAGAAAGGCUGACACGCUACAAAGGUUUCAAGGAGGGGCACAAGAGAAUCUUGGUGGCAACAGAUUUAGUUGGCAGAGGCAUUGAUAUUGAACGAGUGAACAUUGUCAUCAACUAUGAUAUGCCAGACUCUGCUGACACUUAUCUCCACCGUGUCGGUAGAGCUGGAAGGUUUGGAACCAAAGGUCUUGCAAUAACAUUUGUGGCUUCUGCAGGCGACUCAGAAGUUCUUAAUCAGGUUCAGGAGAGAUUUGAGGUUGAUAUUAAAGAGCUUCCUGAGCAGAUCGAUACUUCAUUAUAUAUGCCGUCUUAGGACCAACCUCAGGAUUCAAAGCUGGUGAGAGCAUGACAUUUGGAUGAUGAUGCUAUCUUGUUAUAAGAGACUUGAACUUUGUUGAAUCUACAUGAUAUGUAGAUGGCCCACUCUUUAAUACUUUUGCUUGUUCGAGUUUUGUAACAUCUAUAACUUGUUUUCUCAGAUUUCUUAGUUCAGCUAGAGUUGACUGUCAUUUAACGAUGCUAAAAUUGUUCAACCCCGAAAUUUAUGCAUUACAAGUGGCUAGUAUGUGUUCUUA